AUGCAACUGAUAACAUUAGUAUCAUGCAUAGCAGCGGUGGUCUUUCAGCUAGCAAUACCCUCGGUCUGUGCCACUGCGGUGAUUCCCCCGUACGUGUAUGACUACGCUCCUCUGGUCUGGCUUCACAGUGAAGACCCCUAUCGACCCAGUGAUCUGCAAGCUCAACUGGACAAUACCACACCCGAGGUCAACUGGCAACCCAUCCAGGGUGCCCCUUCACCGGUCACCUUGGAUAACCUGGACCAGCUCAACCAUCUGGGAAAUACCAGCGUUUAUUUGACCUCCCACAAAGGUAUUGCCACCCGUCCACAGCCAGCGUGGCUGCGGGGUGUGACACCCGACGCCCAGGGUCGAGCUGGUAACAUCAUCGCUUGCGCAAUCGUGGUGGUUGAUCAUGGGGAGGGCAAUGUCGAUGCGUUCUACUUUUACUUUUACGCGUACAACAAAGGUGAUAAGGUACUAGGUUUGGAAUUUGGUGACCAUAUCGGUGACUGGGAGCAUAAUAUGGUUCGAUUUGCCAAUGGGGCUCCGCAAGCGUUGUGGUAUAGUCAGCACGCCAGCGGUCAGGCCUUUACCUACCAGGCCGUCGAAAAGCAGGGUAAACGACCACUUAGUUACUCGGGUAAUGGUACACACGCCAACUAUGCCAUUGCAGGCCAACAUGACCACACCAUUCCCGGCAUCAACCUUCCCACCGGAUUCCUUCUCGACUACACUGACCGUGGUGUUCUUUGGGAUCCCACUCUCAACGCCUGGGCUUAUACCUAUGAUGUGGGCACGAAGGUGUUCACCCCAUCGAGCCCAGAGAUCCCCGUUGCAUGGCUGGAUUUCAACGGACAGUGGGGUGAUGACCAGCCUCCCGGGGAGCCAUCGAUCUUUGGAGAAGCCGAAUAUGUAGCGGGACCGAAUGGGCCCAAGUUCAAGGUCUUGAAUAGGUCAUUGGUGUGUCCGUCGACACCUUGCAUUGUACUGCCUUUCAAGAUAUGGGCGGCAUAG